AUGCCAGGGAUAACCAAGUAUAAUUUAGUGGAUGAUGCACAGGACUUGAGGAUCCCCAUGCACAACGAGGCGGCAUUUCAGCAUGGGGUCUGCUUUGAGGCAAAGUACAUUGGCAGUCUGGAAGUCGGUCGUCCAAAUAGCCGAAUGGAGAUAGUGGCUGCAAUGAGAAGGAUAAGGUAUGAAUUCAAAUUGAAGAACAUCAAGAAGAAGAAAGUCAACAUCAUCGUGUCUGCGGAUGGUGUAAGGGUGGUUUUGCGGAAAAAGAAAAAGAGGAAAGAGUGGUCUUGGGAUGACAAUACAGUCAUGAUAACACAAGACCCCAUCUACAGGAUUUUCUAUGUGUCACAUGACGCCCAGGACUUGAAGAUCUUCAGUUACAUUGCGAGAGAUGGAAAGAGCAACAUGUUCCGUUGUAAUGUCUUCAAAUCCAAGAGGAAGUCCCAGGCCAUGCGCAUUGUGCGGACGGUGGGCCAGGCCUUUGACGUGUGCCACCAGCUGACCCUGCAGCAGACAGGGGAACAGAUCUCAGAGGAUGGAGGGGACACCAGCACUGCCGACGCAGAGGGAGCAGACGCCGUGCCAGCCAAGAAGAGAUUGGCAUUGUCUGAUUCCACUGACCUUGAAGCCACUACAGAGGAAAGCAUCGACCGUUUGUCAUCCGACCAGGACAAGACCAAGAGCCAGGACCUCAGUAAAGAUGGGAAGGACCCAACCCAGCAGUUGACCUCAUCCAGGUCGGGGCUAGCUGUGGACUGCUCUGUGGCACACCAAGUGCAGCUUCUCCAGAGACAGCUCCAGCAGCAGGAGCAGCAGGCCCAGGCUGCUGCAGCACAGGUGCGCGUGCUCCAGGACCAGCUGUCAGUGGAGGUGUGUGCCAGGACAGACGCCCAGGCCCGGGUCCAGAGACUCCUACUGCAGAACACUGAUCUACUGCAGCACAUCUCCCUACUGGUCAAUCAGAUCCAAGAGCUGGAGCUCAAAUCUGUUGCAGGACUCAGCUCCAUGGGCUCCCAAGACAGUCUGCUGGAGAUCACCUUCCGUGCCAAGCCCCCCUCCGUGCUACAUGACAUCACCACCACCCACACCUCCAUGGGCCCCCUGCAGGGUCAGCCCCAGAUAACCAAUGGCCCCUGGGCCUCCAUCCUACCAGGGGCCUCUCCUCCAGGGACCAGGGCCCCGGACAGCCACUCUCUGGGCCCGGGCGGAGUGAGGCUGGAGUGCUUCCGCUUCCCCCGCAGUGGGGGAGGGGACAACCACGAGAGCCAGAACCAGGAGGCUGAGAGUCCAUGCUCGGGCUUCCCAGGCGGGGACUCCCCUCUAGGGGGAGGGGGGGUUCUUGGAGCCCUGGAGCUCCUCCGUUUCCGGGAGUCGGGGAUUGGUUCGGAGUACGAGUCCAACGCGGAUGAGAGCAGUGACAGGGACAGCUGGGGGCGGAGCGAGGGGGCACGGCCUGAGGGCGCGGCACUUCUGUUCAACGUAAUGAAUGCGGAGAGCCCCGCGGACUGUCUGGGUGAUGAGGUGGCCGUGUAG